AUAGGGUCCAAGCAGGCAAAAAGGCCAAGGGUCAGGUACCCGCACAGCCUUUUCUUGUAGACUACUGAAGCAAAGGGAGACAACUGGCAAAAUUCUGUUCCUAAACUCACCAAGGACAAGGAGAGGUCCCUGGGUUCUUUCUGGCUCAUCUUUUCAAUGCCUCCAAACAACACUCCCUUUCCCUACUCCCUGAGGCUCCAGGGACAGCAGGGCAGACACGUGACAGAGGAACUGAGCACAAACUCACCGGACCAUAUAACUGAGAUUCCUGCUCAUGCUCUUGAGGUCUCCCCACUUCCCAGCCUUGAGUGCUUUUUGGCAGCUGGUAGGGUCAACAGAUUGGAGGUGGGGUAGAAAGAGGAUGCAAUGGGACCCAAGGCUGGGGGUGUUUGGUUCUUGAUGCUACCGGGGGCUCCUAGCUGAAGUCCUGGUUCUCGAUGACCUAGGAGUAGAGGACAUUGCACAGGGAUCAAGGCACACAUCAGUGCAUUCCCUUCUCCCAGGGCAGCGACCCCACAACCGCAAGCCUUAAAAUCAGCUGUCAGCAGUAGCCAGCAGAGCUUGGCUGGCGCUAAAGGAGGCACAUGGGAAAGGCGGGAGUGAGGAGCAGGCACGUGGUCCAGGCUUCUCAGCCCCGUGCAUGCCCCCACCCCCAUGAGGAGGGGUUGGGAAAGUAGGGGCAGCGAGCAAAGCAUAAGGCGCAAGCUUGCAGCCGGAGCUGUCCCCGGGACUUAGUGCUGAAGUAGGCGCCGACGAACAGGCGCCUGGUACAGUGGCCAGAGAAGACCAUGGCGUUCAUGGUGAAGACCAUGGUGGGCGGCCAGCUGAAGAACCUCACCGGGAGCCUUGGGGGCGGCGAGGACAAGGGGGACGGAGACAAGUCUGCAGCUGAAGCACAGGGCAUGAGCCGAGAAGAGUAUGAGGAGUAUCAGAAGCAACUGGUGGAGGAGAAGAUGGAGCGAGAUGCACAGUUCACACAGAGGAAGGCAGAACGGGCCACACUGAGGAGUCACUUCAGAGACAAAUACCGUCUGCCCAAGAACGAGACUGAUGAAAGCCAGAUCCAGCUGGCAGGUGGAGAUGUGGAGCUGCCUCGGGAGUUAGCCAAGAUGAUCGAGGAGGACACAGAGGAAGAAGAGGAUAAGGCCUCUGUGCUGGGACAGCUGGCCAGCCUCCCUGGCUUGGACCUCAGCUCACUCAAGGACAAGGCCCAAACUACACUAGGGGACCUCAAGCAAUCAGCUGAGAAGUGCCACAUCAUGUGACUACUUCUCCUGGGGUUGCCUCUGGAAUGGCCAGAGGGCUGGUUUCACAUGAGGGCUAAGGAAGUGUUGCAACUUCCAGAUACCUCCACUCCAUCUUGGGCUUUUCCCCACUGCCCCAGAGCCUAGCCCCAGAGCUUUCUCAUCCAUGUCCAGCCCAAGCUCUGACUCUCCCUCUUUAUUGCCUGCCAAGUUCCCAUUCUUCCCUCUGUCCCUCUUCUGCCUGGAAAGUUUCCCACGCUGAUAGGAUUAGCCCAACCCUCUCUGGGUACAGCCCCCUGUUCUUUCACACAAGAACACUCACAGAAGGACACAGAAACCCUGGCUCGUUUGCCACAGAUGCCUCCUGGCACACAUAGACACCCUUGGGUUCCCAGCCCCUCCAGAUACCAGAUCUCGGAUGCUCAGAUCUGGGGACACAGGAGGUCUGUUCCUAUCCCCACCUUUAUCGUCCCAGAAGCUGCUCCUUCUGGGUUUCAUCUCAUCAUCUGUAAAAUGGGGAUGGACUGAGUGAAUUCUAAAAUUCUCUGAUUGGUACCCCUGGCCACUCAGAACAGAGCCCACAUCCCUUCUUAGGCAGGGCAGCAGCUGCAGCCACAGCAUCACACAGCUGCCACUGUGGGCUCUGGGAACGGAGCAAUGCCGUGUGAGGGGCGAAGUGCCAAGGAUGGAGCUGGCACUGAACAGUAGCUCAAGCAGCUCCAGACCUUCUCUGGGCCCAGGGCCCAGCCAAAUUUUGUUCUGUUCCUGUAGAAUUCUCUGGAUUCCAUAGUUGGAAUUUCCUCUUCUCGUGCAGUGGAAAAAUAAAAAUUCCAAAUGGCAUGACUAUCUUCCCACUUGCUGCUGACUGGGAGUUCACAGGCCCCAAGCCUGCCCUUGGAGGGGUGCCCUCUACCUCUUC